UUCUUUAAAAUUGAAUUCACAAUGGAAGAAAUACUAGGUCAGGAAAUGCGCCCACCGCUGGUACUUCGAAAAUUUUUAAACGAGUGGAAGACCUUGCUCGAAUCAAUGAUAAUACCAAAAACUGUGUGCGAUAUACAGAAUGUUAUGAAUUUAUCGGAAAAUCAAAAACGUUUUAGCCACGUUGUUGCACAAUGUUCAUUAGAAAAAUUAGAACAAGAAAACGACGUUAAUAUUAUUAAAUAUGAGCCAGGUGUUACAAAUCCUGCAUGUAUCCCAACAAUUGUGGAUGACACGAAUUUAAAAACAUACAAAGAACUUGUUAAAGGGAAAAACAAUACCAAUCAAAACCGCAAUCCUUUUAAGCGUUCACGGGAAACAUAUGCCAUGGUGACGCCUCCUUGUCAACAAAAAAAUGAAAAAUAUGAAUUAAGUGACUUUUACAAUGAUAUAAUUUUAAAGAUACGCAUUUACCGACCCGCACGUGUUGUACACACAGGUCAAAGUUUAGAAAAACCAGUAUUUGCGGAGGAAUUCGAGUGUCUGGGAUCAAAUUAUCUUAGCGAUUUGCGUGACAAAAUUUCAUGUGUCUGUAAAAAGAAGCGUUUUUUUGAUGUUAGCGAUAACCCAACAGCCGAAUUACCAGUAAAAACUACAGAUCCAGCUUAUUUUUUUAUAAAUAACACUUUUUACAAUGACCGACGAAAUUCGGAUAACCCAGAUUAUUCUGAAGUUAUAAGAACAUGGGCUAAGAAAGCUGUUGGUCUAAAGGAUUUACAUUUUGAAUUGGCACAAAUGGAAACCACGCGUUUCUUGGACUUAACCGUCAGCAUAGGUUUUCCACAAUUAUAUCAACAUCACGGCAACUGUGAACAUGUUUUUGUCAUCUCCCAAAUUGAAAUCGUGACACCUAAGUCGCAGUGCUUGCAACGUCAUAUGUAUCCUCGACUCUGUUCAUUUGGAUCUUUUAAUAAUCGUGUUUGUAACAUGUGUGGUACACGACGUUAUACCUUCAUUGUAACAAAAAGUGAUCGUCAACUACACGAUCCAGCAUAUAUAUGUAACAAGUGCUUUUUUGAUUACCAUUAUAUAGAUGGGAAGAAAAUAGGUAAUUUUCAAGCUUUCAAAGUGAAUGAGGAUAAUCAGGAGGAAGAAGUAAUGAAAUAUAUCAAAAAAUCCAGAGUUGAAGAUGAAUAUAGCACAGAUGAAAAUGAUGAAAUGACUAAUAUGCAAACAUCAAUAAACAAAACAGUUUAAAUAAAUUCAUAUUGGAUUAAAUAAACUAAUUAUUAACGUUUAAGAAUGUCCAAAAAGAUACUUUACUUUUACUUUAACACGUAGUAUUACAUAUGUUAAUUAAAUAAGUAUGU